AUGUGCACGGGUAGGACGGAGGUCCGCAGGCGGAAUGAGUGCUGCGAGUUCUUCGAGAUCGUCUCGUUCACCGCCGUCAUCGUCAUCAUCGUCGUCGUCGCCGCGUUUGGAGCGUACUUGCACACGACGGUGCACGGCUCGAACACGUGCCAGAUGACGUACAUGUAUCGGCGGCUCGAGUUUCAGGUAAAGAUAGAUGAAACAAUUAAUGUUACAAAGCCCAAAUAGUUGCAGAACAUUGCGAUGCCGUAUCCGCCGACGAAAAAGUACAGCCUUUCGGUGUACAACGAAGGCGUGCGAUGGCGGAAUCACAGCGGAAUUGAGCCCGGCCAGAUCCCGGUCCUAUUCAUUCCGGGCAGUCAGGGAUCGGCGAAACAAGCGCGUUCGCUCGCCUCCCUCAUGCAAAACAAGACGGAAAGUCGCCGGGCGCCGUUCUCUUUCCGCUUUUUCGCCGUCGAUUUCGACGAGGAGAUUACGUUUUUGAAUGGAAAUAUCGGCAAUCGACAGCUGGAUUACGUGAUGCACGCGAUCCGAAAGAUUAAGUCGUUGAUGAAACACAACCGGAAGCAGAAGAUUGUGCUCGUCGGACACUCGUACGGCGGAAUGACCGCGCUACUGACCACGAUCCACAAGGACCAUCAGAACGACGUCGAGCUGGUGAUUGUGAAGGGAGCGCCCGUCAACAAACAACGUUCGGCACUUUUCCCAAUGUUACUCUAAAUCAGAUAUGUUUCAGCGAUCCUAAUCGAUUGGCUCUCAAUGCGUCUCAGUAUGUUCUUGGUGAAUCAGUGGAAUGCAAUUCAGGUGAAAGAACUGAAGCACGUCGGCGUCGUCGCGUACACUGGCGGUCUCCGAGACUAUCUGAUUCCCGACGAGUGGUCGGUUAUGAAAAAUGUGAGCCAGUUUUUGUUGUCUACUCUACUGAAGACGAACCUUCAGAUCACACACCGUCCGCUUUGGGCCAUCGAAGGCGUCUCCGAUCUUGGCGCCGAUCACUUGGCGAUUCUCUGGUGCAACGAGUUCGUCCGCCACGUCUCGCGCGUUCUUUGGGCUUAUGGAGAAAACGUGGGAAAGAUGACCGGACGGGAAGUUGUUCAGAAGUUUUAUCGCGACGAAACCGAGCGCAACAUCAAACGAGCCAAUCUGACGAAGCACGUCACCUCGAUUUCGUCGACGACGAUCCGAUUGGGAGAGCGGCACAAGGGAUUGCUGGUGAACAACACACAGCAUACGCUUCUCAUCAAACCCGAACGAUUCCAAGUGUUUCAAGUGCGGGUGAACGCCUCGUGUUGUGAGUUAAUUAGGAGUCGACACUGGAAAUGCCCUUUUUUGCAGUGAACACAAUGACAACGGUGCGCUACGACGAGACGAUGAUGCAUUUCAAGAACGCGACGGACGGAGUCGUCGAGACGUGGAUCUACAGAGCGGUGACCGGCGAACGCGUUCGUCUGCUGCUCGACGUCACACCUCCGUGCAGUAUCGAUAUACAGAUGUCGAAUACGAUGAACGUGGGCGCAUGGAGAUUCUACGAGAUCAUGUUCUCUCAUCUUCUGGAAGUCGGCGGCACUUUCAUCACCGGAUGCGUCUUCUUUGCCAUUCUCGUCCGUGAACCGUUUUUCGAACGAAACGGCGUCGUCGCUGCAGUCAAUUUCGCGGCCAUCUUUGCCGUCGUCUACGGUGUUCAGCACACGGACGACACUUUGGCACUUCCGAUGGCCAUCGGAUACUUUAUGUCGCUCAUCUGGCGACUCGUCUGCUACAUCGUCGACGAGCUAAUCGUCUCGCGACUCACUUUCAUCUCGAGAGGACACAAGGCACUUCGCAAUCCACGCCUCAUCAACGGACUGUUCCUGGUCGGCGGCGCGCUGACGAUAACUGCGAGCAACGAGGGAUCCAUCUUCCUCCUCCUCGUCCUGGCCUAUGUGAGUGUCUAGUUCUCAUCAAUCAUCAAGUCUCCCACUUUCAGCGCCAUCAUCCGAAGGCAGUGCUGCUCACAAUUCCUGCUCUCGUCCCUCACUUUCUCAAACUGGUCGCCGUGCCGUUGUUCUCCGUCGACGCGCUCGCCUUCUACGACAUUCAGUACCAUCCGGCGUUCUACGCGGCGUGCAUCUACAUCUACGGACUGAUUUCAAACCGUCAAGUGUCCCAAGUGUCGAUGCGAAUGCUCAUCUACGGCAUCACUCCGUGUCUCCUGUACCUUCUGAGCGCGCCGCUCGAGCUCUACUCUGGAUACGCGCUCAUCGUGCUCUCGGCCGCCCGUUUUGUGCCCUACUCGUCGAGAAAGAUCAUCAUGGGCGGCGGUGGCGGCCACAAUCAUUCUCAUUCGCCAGCUGCUCCGUCGCCGCCGAGUGCUCCGGAAGCGAAUCGGCGCGGCGGACACACGAAGUACAAUUUGAGGCAGAGAAGAGGCGAAAGAAACUGA